AUGGAGAAUUUUCAACUCGUGGAUGUUAUCGGCGCUCAUCAUGAUGAUGAUGAAGAAAAUACACAUGACGACAAUGACGACACAAAUUCCUUGCUUCAUUUCCCAUGUGAUGUAAAAAUUUCAUACCUUCUCAAUCUAGUUAUUGUGAGCGAUACGGAACAUUUACGAUUGUGUUUUUUCGAUUUGGAUACUUUGGAAUUCAAAUCCUCUCUCGUGACUGGAGGAGUUUAUAAAAUCAAAAUUGAAGAACUGGAUCAAGAAACACAAGACGACUCUACUUCCAAGUAUUCGGUUCGUCAUUGUUGGUGGAGGAGGGCCAUGAAUGCCCAUGAUCCCAUCUAUGGAAAGGAUUUAAUGGGAACUGUGAAGGGAUUGUUUUUGGAACAAAAUCGUAAUAGUAAUACUAUGGAGGACAAUCUCGUGUAUGUGUGUGAUGGAGGUUUUUGCAAUCGUAUUAUUAUUCUCAAAUCAUUGGAUGGAACGGUGGUCAAAACUCUUGAUACGUUUCAAGUCGAAUUCAUACCUUCAUUGAUUAAGGAUGUUGGAAUGGAACAAGUAGUAGUAGUAGGCUUGGAAAAUCCAAUUUCAAUUACCAUGGGUAGAAUUCCAUAUGAGGACUACGAGUUGAGCACAAGUGAGGAGAAUAACAUGCUGGUAAUUGGAGAGGCUGGAGGAAGAAUUAAAGUAUUCACUACUCGUACCUCCUCAAAUGAAGAGAAUGAAGGAUCAGAAUGGAAAUUGUACAAAAUAUUCGAUUUGAAUGAACAUUUCGAACAGCCAUCACUUGAGAGUGACAAUGAACACUCGAAACAAGAUUCUGAAGCUGAAGAACAACAGCAACCAUUUGAAAAUGACAACAAUGAAAACUCAAAAGAAGACCAAGAUUCCGAAGAAAAUAGUGAGCCUUUGAACUCGUACUACUUUAGCUCCUUGUUGUUGGACGAAGAGAGUGGAAAUUUAUAUGUUGGAGAUGAAACCAAUCAUUGUAUUCAUGUGUGGAAUGUGAAAAGUGGUGAAUUUGUGGAAACUUUUGGUCAGUAUGGAGAGGAAGAAACUGCGGAUCAGUUUAACUGCAUCACUGGAAUGUGUUUUGAAAAGCACAAGAAAUGGUUCUUUAUGGUGGAUUGCGAAAAUAAUAGAAUUAAAAUCUGUCAACCAUAA